GCACCGGAAGUAGUUCAGUUGAGCCGCACUCUGAAGUGCAGCGCUCAGCCUUGGCGUCAAGUGUGCGCUGGCGGUGUCAUAACGUGGGACUGAUCCGAAAAACCGAACGGUAUGUGAAGGUGAUACAGGAAGCGGGGUCUCAGGUCAGUGUCGGCGGACGCAGGAGUCCCGCUCUUCGGCACAGGAACUCCAGCAUGGACCGCUGCUCACAACAACCGGCGCCGCUGUUCACAUUCGGCGUGAUCGCCGACGUUCAGUACGCGGACAUGGACGACGGUUUCAAUUUCUCCCGGACGAAGAAGCGGUACUACCGGAGCAGCCUGAAGCUGCUGCGGAACGCCCUGGACAGCUGGUCAGACUCGGCUGUCAAGCCCGCGUUCGUCCUCCAGCUCGGGGACGUGAUAGACGGCUUCAACAAGCCCAGCGGCGCCUCGCAGCGAGCGCUGGACACGGUGAUGCGGGACUUCGCCUCCUGCCCCGUCCCGGUGCACCACGUGUGGGGCAACCACGAGCUUUAUAACUUCAGCAGGACCCAGCUGACGGGGUCGCCGCUGGACAGCAGCCCGUACGCGGACCGGAGACCGCAGCAGGGCGACAUCUACGCCUACAGGUUCAGCCCGUUCCCCGGGUUUGUGUUUGUUGUUCUGGACGCCUACGACGUCAGCCUGCUCGGCGUACCAGAGGCCAGUGAACGUUACAGCAAGGCCGUGAAUCUGAUUAAGCUGCACAACAACAACGAGGAUCUCAACUGUCCGCCGGAGUCGCCGUGCCACAGUCGGUUCACGAUGUUCAACGGCGGGUUCAGUCAGGAACAGCUGGACUGGCUGGACUCGGUGCUGUCGGAGGCGGAUGAGAGACAAGAAAAAGUUACUCUCGUCAGUCACAUUCCGGUGCACCCCGGUUCCACGGAUUAUGUCUGCCUCGCGUGGAACCACGAGGAACUCCUGGCCAUCACUCGCUCCCACGGCUGCGUGGUGUGUUAUAUGGCUGGCCACGCCCACAGCGGCGGCUACUGCCUGGACACAGGCGUGCACCACCUGACGCUGGACGGGGUGAUCGAGACCCCGCCCGACAGCGACGCCUACGCCAUGGUCUCCGUCUACCCGGACAGGAUGGAGCUGACGGGGAGCGGCACGGUCAUGGACCGGGUGUUUCUGUUUUCCUGAUGACGUCAUUGAAAUGUUCCGCACAUUUUCUGACGGAUUUUCUGGGUCACUUUAACUUGACGAGAUGUGCGUCUUGUAGCAGAACACUAAAAAAUGAAGUAGGAAUAUGCUACUCGUGCAGCGUCUCCCAAAAUGUCUUGCACUUAAAUUUGAACCGAAAGUAAUGUGCACAUUUAUUAAUAUAGGAAUUUAUUUUUAAAGAAAUAUAUGAAGGUGUUGGUUUGUAUCUCACUGUACAGAACUGAGGUUCUACGAAUGGGUAGUUAUGCACUGACGUAAGCGCAGAUCUCAGAUUUUACUCUGGAAAUUCGUGACUAUAAUAAAAAAAAACAUUUACAUAAUAAGUUUUACAUUGAAUGUAGGCAGUGUGUGAUGCAUUCACUUGAAUUUGCUUGCAUAAUUUUUUUUUUGAGUGUGAGGGUAUGGUGUGCAUCAACAGUGUGCAUUUUGUAUUUCCUUUCUUUACAUUUGAGGGUGUAAAAAGAGUGACUUUAAGGCAUUGAUUAAUUUACUUUAAGUGGUGGGCUUCAGUAACUUGAUGGAGGUAAAAAAAAAUUAAAUAACUAUAUUUGGAGUUUAUUGCAAGUUUCGUUGAUCUGACUACAUUUGCAAAAGUAUGCAUGUCAUUUUCAAAUUUUACAAGGAAACCUACAGUCCUACAAAUUCAAAGGUUAUAAAUGGUUCUUCCAGAACUUCAAAGUGGCAAAAUGAAUUGGUCCAGUGAAGGUACAAACACUUUAGAGAACUUUAGGUGUCAAACUCCAGUCCUCAAGGGCCGCUGUCCUGCAGUUUUUCGUUAUGCCACAGGUACAAAACACUGGAAUGAAAUGGCUUUGUUACCUCCUCCUUGUGUAGAUCAGUUCUCCAGAGCCUUGCUAAUUGCCUAAUUAUUCUAUUCAGGUGUGGUGCAGCAGAGGCUCAUCUAAAAGUUGCAGGACAUGGGGCCCUUGAGGACUGGAGUUUGACGUGCCUGUUUAGGGGUAUAUACUGGAAAAAAAAUUAAAACGUUAACGCUCAA